AUGUCAGGUGUAUAUAAACAAGCACUGAAGUCUCUACAACCUGGUACGCAAAAUGCCCUCGUAAUUGGUAUAAUUGUGAACAGUUUUAAUAUGAAAACGAUCGAUGCUGCACGAACGAAAUUUAAUAACGUCAACCGUGGUGUGUGGACAUUUACGUUACGUGACUCUGAAGAAGAUUCCAUAAAUGUAACUGUGUGGGGCAGUACGCAAUUUGUUACAAAAUUAUCUUCUACUUUUCAUAUCGGGAGCAUAGUGGAAGUGAUUAAUCCGAAAGUGAUAGAGCGGCGUUCAGAAGACAGAAAUGAACUUUUUGUACCGUGGGUGUCCAGUUCAUGUAGCUUGACAGUGAACGAGGGCAAUGCAUUAGUACAAAUUCAUGACGCACCAACACGUGCAAGAUAUGAAUCUUUGCUGAUGCUCCCGAUUAAGAAUCUGACCGGGUUGCGAACUCUGAAAAGCAUUUUUGAGAACUUGGAAGCACUACGCGAUCAAUAUGUCGACAUCUUGGUGGUUGUUACCUUUAUCAGUGAUAUACGAAAUGUGAUAACACGUGAUGGAAGACGUAUAAAAUUCCGUAAUUUCGAGGCAGUAGACGGAUCCACAGACGAAAUAACGUCCUUAAUACUUUGGGAAAAUGAAUGGAUCGAAAGGGCAGCAUUAUGGGAACCUAAACGCACUGUGCUUCUUCUUGUAGAUUCUCGCAUCGCUUUCGAUAAUUUCAGGAAAAAGACUGUUUUAUCUACAGCUAGAAAAACUAUGAUUACUGAGAAUCCUAAUAUACCGCAAAGCACCAUCAUAAGAAAUGCAGUUCAAUAUUAUGAGGAUGACAUUAUCUCUGGAAACUUCGUUACACCAAAUCCUAAUACGAUUACAACUGUAAUGACUGUGCAAGAAAUUUCUAAUAAGCUCAACACAAAAUUGAAACAAGGAGAAAGAAUUCAAUUUGCCACGAUUUUACGGGCCUACGUAAUGGAUAUAAAUGUGGAAAACAUAAGCUCUACAAUAUUAUCUACCAGAUGCGCGCUAUGCAAGAAAAUCAUUCCUGGUAAUCGAGAUUCGUGCAUGAAUCUUGAAUGUCCUUCAGGCAACGGAACUCGUGUGCCUUUAAACAUAAUGAGCCUUAAUUUAAAAGUGAAUUUAAGAGAUAAUACGGGAUAUCUUAUUGGUUGUCGAUUAUUUGGAGACAUAGCUGAACGUGUUCUUGGUUGCACAGCUAAUGAUUUCCAAGCCAUGACGCUUCCUCAACGUGCUGAAUUAAAAUGGAAGUAUGCAUUGGAAAAAUGCGAGAUACGAUUACACGUAGUCGGUCCAUCGUCCACCUUCACGACUGCCGUAUAUAAUAUCGUAUCGAUUUGCCGAAUCGAAGAAAAUGAAGAUGAAGACGAAGAUACCCAGCUAAUUAAUAAAGACUUUGUUUCAACUGGCUAUUAA